UGCGGUCAGCGCCACAACGGAGGGCGGGAGUGCUGCCAGCUCCCUGGACUGGGCGUCUGAGGCCCCGCGUCUCCAGCCGACUCAGGAUGCGCGACCCCUUUUCACGCCUCUUGGACCACUCUUUUGCCAACCUCUCAGCUCCAGUCCCUCUCCCAAUGGUCCUUCGGGUGGGAUUCCUUAAAUUUAUGUCUCUGAGCGUGCUUACACUGGGCAGCCCCACUCCCGAGGUUUCGGAGCAAGUUCAGGGAACCAGAGGGAUAAGGAAGUUCCUUUGGGGUCCCAGAGUGUUGGGUUGAGAGCUUGCAGUGCAGGCCACUUCUCAUUCAGUUCAUCCCCCGCCUCAGAUUUCCAGCCUUGCAAGUCCCUGGCCACACCCUGAGUGCCCAGCCCUCUCCUUGCCGCCCUGUGGGUCUGCAGGACCACACGGCUGCACCUGCAUUGAUGUUUGUACAGGAAGGAGAUUUUCAUUUGUGACUUUUUGUCACCAGCUAAGGGAGGCCCUAGUCCAGUUGUGAAAAAGUCAUUUGUGAGUGGGCAACAGCGUUAUUUUCUCAGCAGCAAAUGGCAGCGGACAGACAGGGGUGUUUGUGUAGGCAAGUGGCAAUCUGCUGUCUUUGAGAAUGCCUGUGUUGCUGGGCCUCCGGUGGCCCUUUGCAUGGCCACUGUGGGAGAGGUGGUUUCCAGGGUCAUCCUCCUUAGGCUGCCCCUCAGGAACAGAGCAUAAACAUGAGCUGUUCAUCUGCAGCGGAAUAUUUUCAGAGUGGCCUUGCCCACUUUAGAAGACUUUAAAAGUGGGACACGUUGCCACCCUUGACGGUGUGCCCUAGCCUGAAGAAUCCUGGCCCUAUAUUCCCUUUUAACAGCCCUUUCAGCCACACUCCAGUGGUUGACCACUAGAAGAGAGGUGUGAGAAGUCUCUCCUCGGGCUGUGUGGCUAGGCAGGAGAGGGAAUAAAUACGACUCCAUCCAGACCCCUACUCUGCCCAUGGUGGUCCCUCUGCGUGCUGUUUCGUGUUUGUCCCUGGCCCUUGGACCUGAGCCAUAUCUUGGUCUCAGAUUCCAGCUUCUGGCCGCAGUCAGCCCUGCAAGCUGCUGCCCAGUGGCCAGUCUGCACCUCAUGUUUGAGAGCUGUCUUUGUAGUUAAGUAUCCUGAUUGUUUGGAAGGUUGGACUGUGUUACCUCUCGCAAUGCUGUUUCAUUUUUCAGACCAAAAUUCAGAUUUUUGCCUUGGGUUAGAAGUUGGAUUCUAUGCAUCUUCCUAUCUUACUGAACAUGUUUUUGUACAGUGAGCCAAGUCAGUUCUGGGAAGAAUCCCGGCUGGAGGGUUGAAGUGUUAGAUGCUAGAGGAGGGAGGAGGUACCCGGGUGGGGGAGAUUGUUGCCCACAGUUAGAAUUUCUCCCACUUUUGUAUGUACAAUGCAGACUGCAUUUUUAAUUUGAUCCCUGCUAUAAAUCUGAACACUGACUUUCUUCUUUAUUAUUACAGUGUGGUUGAAAAUAUUCCCAAAUAAAAAUCAUAUUCAUUGUUCCAGGAGUUCUAAAAAGUGAUUUGAAAUGCUUAAAAUAUUUUCAUAUGACACAGAUUUUGAUGUCUGAAUCAUUAAUAACUUCUUAAGUUGGGCAAAAAGUACCUGAUGAGUAAUAUGAUAGUUUAACAUUCAAAUGGCACUGCAGAGUUCAUUACCAUUCAUUUUCUUAAAAUCACCCUUUUAGGCACUUAUGUGCUUUUUCUUGGUAGAGAGGGUGCCAGCAUUUUAAGUACCGUCCUGCCUGUGAGGGCUGAGAGGAGGGGUAGUGUGUAGGACUCUACACCUGUUCUGGCUCUGCAGGGUGUUCUGUCAUUUUUGGGAUAAAGCCUUCUCAAGGAAGACUGAUGCUUUAGGCAGGCGAAACAUUGCCAGGUGUGGGUGCUUACCUAUAAUCUCAGCUACUUGGGAGGCUGAGGCAGAAAGAUGGCAGAUUUGAGGCCAGUUUGAACAACUUCAUGAGAACUUGUUUCAAAAUAAAAAAUAAGAAAAGCUAGGAUUCUCAAUGAAAGAGUUUCCCUGGGUUCAAUCCCUAGUACUGAAAAGAAAAGGGUGAGAUAUUUUGGAAUAGUUGGUGUUUUCAUUUGAAAGUUACCAGUGCUUGUGUUCCUUUCAUGGAUAUGACUUCCUGCUGGCUGAUCUGGGUAACUGUCUCUGGUCACCAGGAGGAAAGAAGUCCUGGCAGGGGCACAGGGACCCCCAGGCCUGCGUCAUGCUGGGAGUUUGUGCCCAUCACUACAGAUGACCAUCCAGGGUGAAUCUGUGUUUUCUGUCUUUGAGCAGGUGAUCUGCUGGGGGUGAUGCUGGCUGGCAGACAGGUAUGGUUAAUGUGGCUAAUUACCAUAUCAGGACCCCCCAGAGCUCUUUCAUGUGCACCCCAAACCACUUCUGGAAUAGGAACUGUUGGCUGUGGUUCCCUCCUCUGUAGAGGAGCAUUCCUUAUAAUCUUCUUCACUGAGUGAUCUUUGGACCUUGCUGUCAAUAUUCUGGAUUCAGGUAGAGAUGAGAUGGCUUCGCCAUGAGAACCUGAGAGCCUAGGGGGUGUGUUUUCCAGGAGAGCCCUUGGAGUCUGGGUGCAGACUUGAGGCCCCAGUGGGACCCUGUGGGCGCCUGGAGCAGUUUCUCUUGUGCCAUGGCCCUGAGCUAGCUCCCUCUACUGGCCCUAGCAGGCGCCUGGUAAAAGUAGAGUCAGGAUCCUCAGCAGUGCUGAGUCAGGCAGCUGGGCUGGCCCCAGGCUGCCAUCUCUGUGGCCCUCGGUCCUCUGUCCUCUGUUUGGGUUAGCGCUGUACUCUGGUCAUGGGGGGGCCCUCAGUGGGCAGAGCCUUGGGUGGCUCUGCGGGGCAAGGCAAAGCCAGCACGGGGAGGGGACAACAUCUGUGAGACUGUGUCAUCACACAGUCAGAGUGGUGCUUACUGGAAGUGUGCAGCGUGGUUUCUGUGCAAUGAGUGAGUCAGGGGCUGAGAGUGGGAAGCUUCAAGUAAUUGAUGUUUGAACUCAGCAGUGUCCAGUGGACAGUCGCCUGGGAGAGGGGACCCAGGGCUGGGCGCUCUGCCCUGGCUUUCUGGAAGGGGAGGUGGUUAGUGAUUGCAUGUAGCCUGCCAAGGAGAGAGGGCUGAUCUCAGGAUAUCUUAGUGCAGGAUGGAGCUCCCAGGCAUUCCUGAAACUGCAGAGAAGCUGGCUAUUGCCAUGCAGAUGGACAUGCCUGGGGUCCUUCAGCGGGCCCCAGCAUCCUUCUCAUUUGAGCUGACAGCAAUGAGCAGCCACAAUUCAUCAGGGCACCAAGGCAGUUGGCCGUGAGCAGGCCCAGUUCACAGAAGCCAAAUGUGUGGAGUGCUGUGGAUGCUAAGUCUCCCGUUUCGCUUGUCUUGAGCUCUGUUCCUCUGUGGCUUCUCUGAAUAUCUCCGGGGCCACAGAGAGGGCAGUGAGGACAUGCACUGUCCUUCUCUGACUGCUGCCUCAGUUUCCCUGGUUAUGAAAUGGAGCUGUUGGGAGCAGAGGCUCACAUGCUCAGCAAAUGAGCACAGUCUGUGUUGCCUGGGCUCACAGCUGGGUAAGGCAAUACGCACUGUACGGGGCUGGCUCAUAGCCCCAUGGGGUUCAGAGUCAGAGUUUAAUGGUGCCAGGGCCACCAUGGCUUACAUCUGCAGCCACGAGGUCCCGUGGGAGUGAGAGGGUCUCUGGAGGUGUGUGCUGCCCUCAUUCUUUCCUUUGUAGGUGGCCUGUUGAGCUCUUGCUGGCCAAGAUUGGACCCUGCUACCUCGGAACAUCCCAGUGGGCUCAGAGGUCUGACCCGCAGCUGCUGGCCCAGUUCUACUAUGCCGACGAGGAGCUGAACCAGGUGGCCGCGGAGCUGGACAGCCUGGACGGGCGGAAGGACCCACAGCGCUGCACACUGCUCGUCAGCCAGUUCCGCUCCUGCCAGGACAAUGUGUUAAACAUCAUCAACCAGAUCAUGGAUGAAUGUAUCCCGCAAGACCGGGCCCCCCGGGACUUCUGCGUCAAGUUCCCCGAGGAGAUCCGGCACGACAACCUGGCUGGCCAGCUGUGGUUCGGUGCUGAGUGCCUGGCCGCUGGCUCCAUCAUCAUGAAUAGGGAGCUGGAAAGCAUGGCCAUGCGACCGCUGGCCAAGGAGCUGACGCGCAGCCUGGAGGACGUUCGGGGUGCCCUCCGUGACCAGGCACUGCGUGACCUCAGCACCUACACAGAGAAGAUGCGGGAGGCACUGAGGCACUUUGAUGUCCUGUUUGCCGAGUUCGAGCUCAGCUAUGUCUCUGCAAUGGUGCCCGUGAAGUCUCCCAGGGAGUACUAUGUGCAGCAGGAGGUCAUUGUGCUGUUCUGCGAGACCGUGGAGAGGGCCCUGACCUGUGGGUACCUCACCCAAGACAUGAUCGACGACUACGAGCCAGCGCUCAUGUUCACCAUCCCCCGACUGGCCAUCGUGUGGCAGGGUGGCACGGCUGAGGAGGAACAGUCCACACAGGACAGUAAGCAGCAGCCAUCCAGAGAGGACAAAGGAUGUGUACCUUCCAGCCACACCCACAAGGACCCUCCUCUUCCCAUCAUGCUUUAUCUAGCAUCACACCUGUGAUCUACCUGUGAGCACAUGAGGCUUUGGGGGGCAUGGAUAGAAGCCAUAACGCACCCCACCCCUCAGCUUUCUGGGGCACUCACCAGCGGGGCUUUUGGGCCUCCUCAGCAGACAAAAAGCUGAGUGUCUAUGGCACCUUCUGCCUAUCUUUGUCUGUGUGAGAGGGAGCAAGAUGGCUGGACCCUUGUCACUUGCCACACGACAGAUGCAAUGGAUAGCAGCUUACUGGUCACAGACACUGCCCUCCACACAGGGCCACUCAAGGUUGCCUCCAGGGUAGAGUGACACAUAGGGGCUCUUUAGUGACAGGACAAGGUGCCUCUGGUGGGUUUGACUCUUUGUUGGGCAGGUAGGGUGAUAAUCACCCAGUGGGCUGGGGUGCUUGCUUCCUGGCUACCUGGCAGGUGUCUUCAUGCUGGCAAGGAAUACCAGAUCCAGGAAGAACAGGAGCUCACUGGCAGCUCUCAUGCUUGGGAGCCCAGAGACAUGCGCAGCCCCAGGACUAGGGUCUUUAGUACCCAAGACUGGUAGUGUUGAGGCACCUGCAGAGCAUUUCUGAGGCAGAGCCUAGGUGUCUUGGGCUUGUUCCUCUGCUGCUCUUUUCUAACUCCAAACAGGGACCUGCUUCCCUGCCCCCAGGUGGUGUUACUGAGGAGGCGAGUGUUUCCAGGGGAGAGCUCAAGGGUGCCCCAGGCUGUGCUGAGGUGGCCACAGUUCUAAAAUACUUGUCAGGAGUCAGACGACCCCAGUGCACGGUAUUCUUGGUGUCCCACCAUGUGCAGCUCUUCGUAACCUCUCUUGCUGUCCAUUCCUGAGCUCAGGCUGCAUAGGACAGAGCCCAGGUCUCCUAGACCAUGUUGUUAUCACCAACAGAGACUACCACACCCUUUCCACGUCUGUGUCAUCCUGCACUCACACACGCAAGCCUGAGGGAUGCCGUUGUUUUCUGUUUCUGUGGGUGUGCCCGUCCUGGCCCCUGUGUCAGUGGUGUUUGUGUCACAUGUGCAUCUCCCCAGCAAGGGCACCCAAGCUACCCUCUCUUCUGCCAGCAUUCCCUGUGACCCAGAGUCGGGUAAAGCAUGGGGCUGCAGCAGAAUCCUGCUGAUUGGUCUCACAGGGCAUAAAUAUGUAUUUACAAAGAUUGUCCCUAAAGUGUUACUUGUAACCAAACAAACUUGAGAGGGGUGAAUAUCCAGAAUUAAGAGAUUGCUUUAAAAUCACAGUCUAGUGGGCUGGGGAUUUAGCUUAGUGGCAUAAGCGCCUGCCUGGCAAGUGCAAGGUCAUGAGUUCAAUCCCCAGUACCACAAAAAAAAAAAAAAAAUCACAGUCUAGCUCAGUGGUGGCAAACCUUUUAGAGCUUUCAAUGACAGGAAUAGCCUGCUGAGGCAUGUGUGCCAUCCAUUUACCACCUCUGGUCUAGCCAGUAAAGCAAUUUUAGAGAAAAACCUCAAAUGUUGUGUAAAAUAUUCCCAGUGUGUUCAUAAAAAAAGUUGUUACUAAGUACUAUGUAUUUACUUUACAGAAUUACAAAAUUUCUUAAUGUAUAGAUAAAACUUAUGUAAACAAGAAGCUAAGCAACUAAUAUUCUUUUAUUACUAUUAAAAAUAUGCACAACACUAUUUUAACCCCUUCUGAGUGUCCCAUUCAGUAUCAUUAAGGACAGUUAGGAUGUGUACAACCAUUGUCAUCAUCCAGCUCCGCCCUAAACCAGAACACUGACUUUGAACACUGACUUCCCGCCCUCCCUCCCCUACAC